AUGGCAAGCACGCUAGUAUCUUUCACGCCUGCCACAGCAGGCGUGCUCGGCGGCGUGCACUCCGUUGAUGCACAGCUCUCCGAUACCCCAGAGAGCGCGUCGGCGCCCUGCUUCUAUUGUCUGUGCUCCGUGUGUGGACAGUGGCUUGCUGAGGUCCCCACCGUCAGGUGUGACGCCUGCGGGUCUCGCACGCACAUAACCUGUGCCAGGGACGUCUACUCAAAUGAGUGGCUCUACAACGAGGUAGCCGUGGCUUCGACAGCCGCAACAAGUGCAGGGGGUGGUACUCUCGGCUUGCCCAACGCCGCUUCGGUAGCUGCGAGGAACCGGCGGACACAGUACAUCGGGCGGGAGCCGCGCAAUAGCGAGGACACUGCGGGCUCGCCUACGCCUGCCGCUGUUCUUACCGCGCCAUCGGGCUUGUCAGUCUCCCCACCGCUAAGUCGCGACUCUUCGCACACGAGCCUGCUGCCGUCGCCGCAAGUGCUCCGCUCCGCUGCGGCAAAGAUCGACAAGGAGUACAACUACUACUGCCACCCCGACUGUGCCAUGGGGAUGGAGGUGCUGCGCAACCCGCAGUUCAACGCAACCCUUUCGUGCACAGUCGAACAUGCCUUCGCGCGAGAGUGGGCACGCACACGGGAGUCGCUGGUGGCCGUCGGCGUACUGCGCGACCACAAACACGAAGCUGGCGCUCUCGACGACGCGGCCGCAGAGGAGCAAGCACCGCUUCCUUCCUAUUCGCCGGUCAAGAGUUCUUCUGCCCCAGUGAAGGUGGAGGGUGCAGAGGAGAGCACUGCGGCAUCAUCCUUCUGCCCUUCCCCUCCUCCACCGAAUGCGACAGCUAGCUCCUCAGUACCCGCGGGAGAUAUGCACGGCUGCGCACCGCACGCGAGUGAGGCGAAUUUUCCUGAUAUCGCUGCCUGCCAUCCGGCGGUUGCCCUGGAGGUGCUUCGGCUCUACCAUCAGCUGCGCGCCGAAGCGUGGGCGGAGUACUUUGAGCAGGAGCGUCACCACUUUGGGCACCCGCUCUUCUACCCGCCUCCAUUCCUCGACAUCGCGCGGGACGCCGCGUUAGGGCAUGUCGUGGAGGCCGCGUCCCCUCAGGGGCAGGCGGCGCGACUCUACCUUCUCGACCGCAGCACGCACCCCGUGGGAUCGGCGGUGGCGAUACCGGUCGGUGUCCUGACGCGGUGGCAGCAGCCGACGGAGGCGCCGCUCAUCAAGGAGAACGACUCAAACAACUUUGUGGCGGAGGCGCUCGAUCGGCUCGUGAAUGACGCUGUGGCGCCGGAGACGGUGGUCGUGUACCGCAAGUGCAGCAAGGAGGGCCUCGUGCUGGUGUGA